AUAGCUCAAUGAGAUCAAUAUUUUUGCAAUUCAAAAACACUUCAAUUGUAUAAAUAAACUGUUGGUUCUUACAAAUUUUGUCUCCUAAGUUUAUGAAAUGACUCAGAAUACAGAACAAGAAGAGGAACUCGAAGUUUUGCGUGCCAUAUACGAGGAAGAUGAACUUUUUAAUGAACUGAAUGAGACCACUUUUCAAUACAGAUUUGGAGAGUCGGGUGAAAGCAAGUCCUUCCUGCUAGAAGUUCAAUGGACAGAUACAUAUCCAGAAUGCUUACCAUCUAUUAAUUUGAAUGCUUUUUACAAUAAACACCUUUCAAAUGAGUUAAAAGACAUAAUUGUUGAAAAAAUUACAAACGAAAUUGUGGAUAGUGUUGGGGCGGCAAUGACGUUUACAAUAUUUAGUUGGGUUGGAGAAAAUUUCGAGUCGUUAAUAGAAGAGCAUAUGGACCUCGUCAAUACGGAGAAGGAAGAUGCUCUUCUGACAUUGGCACAUCCUGAAGAAGUUAUAGAUAAACCAGUCAAGGAAAAGAAAGUUCAAUUAACAAAGCAACAAAAAAGAAAAUUGGCGGACAGAACAAAUCAUAAAGGGGAACGAGAAAGAGGCUGGAAUUGGGUUGACAUUGUCAAACAUCUCAGCAAGACAGGUGGAAAUUAGAUGGAUGUGGGAAAGGAAGUCAUUCCAAAUCCCUGGUUGGCAUGAUUUUUUGGUGGUUGCAGGCAAAAUAGUAACCAAUUUCUAUCCAGAGGUCUACCAGAGUUUAGCUAGCUUUCCCAAUAGCAAUAAAGAAUUGCAGUAAACACAUUUAGCAUGUCAUCAAAACCACAUCAUGGGUGAUCAAUGAGGAUGACUGCCAUUAGCUUCAACUACACAAUCUAUUACUGUACUCUUAGGGCUGCUUUCCACUGUUGUUGUUUUUGCCUGCAUGUACACACACAUAAAAGCUUAAAACCUUCUAACAUGUUAACUAUAUAAUUAAUCUUUCACUUCACAACAAAAUCCAACCCUAUUCAUCUAUUCAAUUGUUAAUAUAUACAUACUUACAAAAAAGGUGACAGUGGAAAACAGCCCUUAGUUGAAUGUUGCCCUAACUUGGAUAUAAAUUUUGCUCUUGAACUAAAUCCUCCCUUUGACGGGUAGUGCAAUCUCAAAAAUAGCUGUGUAAGAAAAUUACAGCAAAAAAUUAUUCAAUGCUUUAAACAAGAAAUGUAAAUUAUUAAACAGAUUACAUGAACUGAAACUAAAUAUAAAUUGUUCUAUUGCAUGCAACAUUGCUCUUGAGUACCCCAGACUACCCUUCAGAAAACAUUGCUGCAGAAAUAUUGUUUGCUACCCAUGUUUGCCAAGGUUGAAAGAGCAGAGGACACAAUUUUGUGUUUGCAAAAAACUGAAAAAAGAAGUACCAUAGGCAGCCCAAAUAUACGUGAUAAUUUGAGCGCGAGAAACUUUUCGGCAAUUUGUCAACAUUGUCGUACACCGUAUUCGGGAUGCCUAUGGAAGUAUUUGGCAAUUUCCUGACACACAGUCACAAAUGUGACAUGGGUACUCAUUGUGUAGGAGUUAUGAAAUCAGUAUUGUAGAGAAAUUGGAAGCAAACAAUGUUUUGCACACAAAAUAGAA